AGUAAUAAAUUUCUUCCAAGAGAAAUAAAAACGCAUCCUCCUCCGGUUCGUACGUUGUUUUGUCAGACGUAGGACAGAACAAAAGAUACUUGACGGAUUUAAGAACUACUUGUACUUUUAACAUUCGGUUAUUACUUCGAUCAAAAAGCAGUUCAGUUUGGUGUUGGGUAAUUAACUAUUGUCAGAGUGACAUGGCGGAUGCUUAUUGGCGGGUCACCGACGGCCGGAUACAGCCGGCUUCUCUUCCUCCGGUCGCCGGAAAACGCCCUCGGACCGAAUAUGAUAUUCCAAGUCGUCCUGAGAUGCCUGGUUAUUAUGGCCGCAAUGAUGAACAAGGAACGCAUCAUGCCAUUAGGGAUACAGAUCCUAUUGAGGCAUCAUAUGAACAAUACUUGCGAAGUGGGCAAAUUUCCUCCUUUGCUGGUAGUGAAUCUGCAAGAUCCAUGGGUAAUGGAGUAACCAGUCAUCCUAUUGAUGAUCCGCGUGCUAUGGGUAUUGUGGGAGCAGAAGCAGUUGUUGCUAAAAGCAGGGCCAUUGGGAUGGGAGGUGUUAGACCAGAAAUUCCUCUUCCUCCUAAUGCCAGCAGUACAUUGUUUGUUGAAGGGUUGCCAGCUAAUUGCACCCGAAGAGAGAUGUCACAUAUAUUUCGACCAUUUGUAGGUUACAGAGAAGUUAGACUUGUGAUCAAAGAAUCACGACACCCAGGAGGGCAUCCCUUGGUUCUUUGCUUUGUUGAUUUUGUGAGUCCAGCCCAUGCAGCUACUGCAAUGGAUGCCUUACAAGAGAUGAUUGCCUUGCUGUCCUGCUCUAGGCUAUUGUAUUCUUUUUUCCCUGUUUUGGCACAUUACUCUUCUGGGAUUGCUUUAAGGGAAGCAUUGCCUGGGAUUACUUGUUGCAAGGCAUUUUGAUUUAAAAUUGAUCUGCUCUUUAGACUUUUCACCAGUGGUUUAGUUUGUCAAAUGUUUUGAAAGUUCAUGGGUUAGAGCUACAGUAGUCCAAUUGAGAUAAAUCUUAAUGCAGCCGAUCUGUAAUUCAGUAUUCUACUUGAAGAAACUGGAGAAUGGAUUCCCUCCUGGAGAAUGUUUUAAUUAAAUACGAAUAAAUUCAAAGUUUUAACUCCCCAUUGAGGGGUUUUUUAUGCGGUUUGUCCACUUUUAGCCUCCAGCUACAUCUCAAGACUCGACCUACAAAUUUUAACGGAGACAUCAAAUUUGUUUGGUUGGUACAAUUUUUGUGAUGUAAAUGAUAUAAUUCAAUUUUUGUAUUUUGUGGGCUCUAACUUAUUUUAGGAGCCAGGGAUGCCCUUUAAUGAAAUCUGUACUUUAUAAAGAAAAAGACAAAUUUUAACGGAGACUGGAUCUGGAUCAUCUGUCUAAAAAAGCCAUCUGAAAUGUUGAGUAUGAUAGUUGCCGUUUACUAGACCCGUCAAAAAAAUUAGGUCUCCGCAUUUAUCUUGCCUCAAACAAGCAGAGAGUGAUCAAGUUAUUCAGUUCUUCUGUAGUUUGUUAUCUUGUUUCUUUGAGUGACUUGCAUGUUAACACUUUUUCCUAGUAGUUGGACUUCCAUAAAGGUAAAAAGAAAUUUGUACAAGGUACUGUCUGUAGCUUUGCCAGGGUUUGAGUUGCAUGAUCUGGUGAGAUCUAGUUGCAAAUUUCAUGGGUUGGUCGCGUGCUUUAAUUUUUAUUAUAAAGUGAUCCUCUGCCAAUUUUGGGACAUUGAACUCUAAAUCACAUGUUUGUACGUCUGUACCUAAUUCGUCAAUGAUGUGUGCUGUGUCAGAUAGUAAACUCUAAUCUUGCAGGUUAUAAAUUCGACGAUCAUGACCGUGAUUCGGUCAACUUAAGGCUGCAAUAUGCUCGCCAUCCUGGUGCUAGGUCAGGUGGCGGGCGUCGCGCAAGACGUUGAAUUAUGCGUCUUUACAGGUGAUACGCUUAACUUCUGUGCACUUGACCCUCUAUUACUAAUGAUGAAAGGCUACGCUACAAAAUUCAUCGAUCGAGCUAAAUUGUGGAAUGACCCUUACUGUGUAGGACCAACUUGACUUUGGAGUUACGUAUUUAGAUGUUACGCCAGCUUUUGCAGUUUCGUGUACUACACCUCUCUCUGAAAGGGUUUCAUUAGGACCGGCCUUUUCUAUUUGCACGGGUAGAAAUGGUAGUUGGAUAUUAAUAUUUAGCUUCCCUUUCCGCGUCAAUGUUGGUGUCGUCCUUUGUUGAGGACGGAUGUUGUUAUAUUUCAUCUCCUGAUAGAUGAAGAUGAUAGUUUUAUCUGGCGGUUAGGAUGUUACCUUACCGUUGUAAUGAUAAAUGGGAGGUGCUGCGUACUAAUUUUUAGAUUUGCUUGUUUGAUUAUGCGGUAUAUUGUUCGAAUUCAUCUUUAGAUUUGCUAAACAACUUGUUAUGACAUAGCCGUUAGCCCAUUUCAGGGUUCUAUUUGAUGAGCUAUUGAUUUCUGCUUUGAUUGAUGACAGAAAUGCUUAGUGUUCUGUGUUGAUAUUGGAUGUUUGGUAUACUGGGAUUUAGCAUUUAGGUAGUGGAAGAAAUUCGCAGGAGUAAGGGAAAAAAAAUCUCCUUCCAUUUGGCAAUUCUUUGUUAGCAUGUCUGCACUUUCCCUUGGUAUAAUUUGUUCAUGGUUUUGGUCACAUUUCUUGGAGUCUAGUACUCAGGAACUGUGCUUCAAGAGUCCUAGGUUCCUCUAGCAUUUGCUCAUAUUAUACGAUUUCGUAGUAGGUCUAUGACUGUGAAGACGAGGGAUCUAUUCUUCAAUCCUGUAUUGUCAUCAAUGCAUAUACUACAACUAUCUUAGUUAACAAUUUUUUGGUUUCUUCAUUUGUUGCAUAUUAGUGCUCUUCAAAAAUCUGCAGAUGGAAUUUGGUACCAUUUUUUUAGUUUAUAGUUUAAUUUAUAUUAGGUGAUGCUGGAUCUGUUUGUUUAGUGUGUUCACAGUUAUAGAGCGGAGGCUGCCAAAUUCUCUCAUGUGUUUGUAUGGAUGACACAUAAUGCUGCUUGAAGGUUGCGCAGCAUGCGUAUUCCAUCUCAAAAGACCAUGUUGUCACCAAUUUACACUUAAUCAUGUUGAAUACAGUAGAUGUAUCCUUGUGUUUUUAUAUAUUCUCUAACUAAUUUUCAGAAGUUGACAUUCUCAUGUAUUCUUGCUUUAAAACCAAGAGCGGGACGAUGCGAAGGAAUAUUUGAUAAAAGAAAAAUUUAUGUUAAUUUGA